CCGCCUCCGCCAGAGUUGUCAACAGUUCAAGAUGGCUGCGCUGCCGAUGGUGAGAGUCGCGCUGCUUAUCGCGUUCUCGGUGUUUCUUACGCUGAUCCUGGGCUUCGGCUUGCCGUCCGUCCUCAACCUCUUCGCGCGAAGCUGUGGCUUCCCGGAGGCGAGCGUCACCGAGUGCAUAGUGCUCAUGUACGCGCUGUUUGUGCUGUACGUGGCCAUGCCUCGACUGCCCCGCGGGACAGUAAAGGUUGAAGGGAAAGCUGUGCUGGUUACUGGCUGUGACACUGGGUUUGGACUCGCCUUGGCCAAGCACUUCCACAGGCUCGGCUUCACUGUGUUUGCAGGUUGUUUGUUUAAGGAUGGAGAAGGUGCGAAGGAUCUGGAGAACAUUCAUUCGGAGAAGCUGAAGGUUGUGCAGCUGGACGUCUGCAGUGAGGAGCAGGUCUCUCAGGCGCUUCAGUUCAUCACUGCCAACCUGGAAGACCCGGAGAAAGGUCUGUGGGCCGUGGUCAACAACGCUGGCAUCUCCACAUUCGGUGAGGUGGAGUUCACAACCAUGGACACAUACAAGCAGGUUUCAGAGGUCAACCUGUGGGGCACCAUCAGAGUAACCAAAGCCUUUCUGCCUCUCAUCCGCAGGGCGAAAGGUCGUGUGGUGAACAUCGCUAGCAUGUACGGCAGAAUGGGAAACGCUCUCCGAUCCCCUUACUGUGUUUCCAAAUACGGAGUGGAGGCUUUUUCUGACUGUCUCAGGUAUGAAAUGAAGGCUUGGGGCGUCAAAGUUUCCGUCAUUGAGCCUGGAAACUUUAUCGUGGCCACGGGCAUCCUAACACGUGACAUAGUCACAACCACAGCAGAAAAGCUCUGGAAGGAGGCACCCCCUUGUGUCCAGGAGGACUAUGGGAAAGCUCACUUUGAGCAGUACAUGGCUCUUAUGCGCUCCUACUGCAACAGCGGCCAGCGAGAAAUCGAGCCGGUUUUAGACGACGUCACGGAUGCCAUCACGUCCAAUCGGCCAUACACGCGGUACAACCCUAUGGAACCGCACUGGUGGAUUCGCAUGCAAAUAAUGACCCACCUUCCUGCUGCCAUCUCAGACAGACUCUACUUCUAAUGAGAUGCCAACUUCCUACUGUCCAAUAAAUAUCGUCACAGGGUUCAUCAAUCAAUUGUUAAUAUAUGCCAUAUUGAAUGCAGUUGAAUCAGUAUACAACGGUAAUUUAAAAAAAAAAAAAAGAAUCACACAAAUCUUAAAGGGCCCCUAUUAUGCUAUUUCGGACAUUACCUUUCAUGUAGUGUGUAAUAUAGCAGUUUGUGAAUGUAAAAGGUCUGCAAAGUUUUAAAGAUCAAAGUGCAGAUAAAUUAUUGUCUCCCAAAAGAAAGAAGUGAUUCUGAACUGCCUGAAACGAGUCGUCAGUAACUCCAGAUUUACUUCCCGCUCAAACCUACCUAGCAAUGUAACAAAUUUGCCAAAAAUGCCAGUCUAUGGUCUUCAUUGGCUGCCUGUAAACAACGUCUACAACUACAAACACUGUAGUUACAGCUGAGACUGGAAGAGUUUGUUUUGUGUUGUCAGCAUGUUGAGAAGACGCUAUUUUCUGAACAAAUCCAUUUAAAAUGCGCUUCCAAAGGAAUUAAUACGGUAAAAUCGACACCAUCAUUACUGUUCAUAUCACUGUGGCCUGGUCCCAAAUGGCACCCUAAACCCUCACGGUCUUCCUCUGAGUCUUUUGUGACGUAAUGCCGCUUUGACUGCCGGGUAAAGUCCUCUGCGUAGAUCGCAGACUUGCGGGCUCAGCUGAAGUGCGCAUCGAGGGCGCAUAGCGGCCGCAAAGGGGGCGCUCGUGAGCACCCUUCUAAAACCUAAAAUGAUGAAUGGGACACCCUACGGUCUCGUGGACUUAACAGACAUGCGGUAGCCAUUGUAAGUCCACAAGACCGAAAGUGCAUAGAAGUGUGCCAUAUGGGAUUCAGCCUGUGUGUAUCAGGUGCUCAGGAAGAUCCGGAGCUGAAAUUCAGUUUGCUUUCCGACGCGCUGUAAGUAGUCGACCAAUAACAACAGCCUGGGUCAUCUGACCAAUCAGAGCAGAGUAGACCAAUCACAACAGACUGAGCCAUCUGACCAAUCAGAGCAGAGUAGACUAAUCACAACAGACUGGGCCAUCUGACCAAUCAGAGCAGAGUAGACCAAUCACAACAGACUGGCACUGUAUACGAAAUCGAAUACUUCUCUACUAUAUAGUACACAAAAAACAGUAUGCAAACAGAGUAGUAUAUCCGAAUUCAUAGUACUUGAAAACAGUAGGCGAAAAGUACCCGGAUGACUUACUACUUCCGGCGAGAUUCUGAAAUGCGCAUACAAUGGACAAUUUACUAUCCCAUGAGGCGACAGGAGAGGAUUUGUGAAUGGAGUUGAAGGGACGUAACUGACGCUGGUAGGUCAUGUGACAGUAACAACAUGGCGGAUGUAGUACGUCCAGAUUUCAUUCAUACUACACACAUUCGUACUAUAUAGAACGUAAUUUUUCAACAGUCAUGAAGUAAAUUUACAUUCAAAUGUAGCACCUACUCAAGAAAGUAUUUGAUUUCGGACCAAUUGGGUUAUCUGACCAAUCAGAGCAGAGUAGACCAAUCACAACAGACUGCGUCAUCUGACCAAUCAGGGCAGAGGAAGCUCUCAAAAAGGAGGGAUUUAGAGUAGGGUUGCAAAAUUGCAGGGAAUUUUCAAAGCUGGAAACUUUCCAUGGGAAUUAACGGGAAUAUAUGGGAAUAAACAGGGAAUUUGCAAAAUUGCAGGUUAGCCUUUAACAGGGUACUUAAAUGUAGUUGAAAAAACAUCUUGCAGCAUAAUUUUGGUUAAAACAACCAGAUUUAAUGUAAUUUCAGUUAAAUUUUUACCCUGCACAUUCCUCAAUCACAUUCACACAGCACACGACUUACCCAGGGCUAUUAAGGCCACACCCCCUGCAUGAACUGUGCAUUCCCCCAGUCCAUAACAUGCACAUUUGAUCAAAAAUAAAGAAAAAAACAGUAAUAUUGUGAAAUAUAACUACAAUUUUUUAAAAAAAAUAAUGGUUUUCUAUUUUAAUAUACAUUAAAAUAUAGUUUAUUUCUAUGAUGCAAAGCUGAAUUUUCAGCAUAAUUUCUACAUUUUUCAGUGUCCCAUGAUCCUUCAGAAAUCAUUCUAAUAUGCCAAUUUGAUACUCAGUUAUCAAUGUUGGAAACAAUUGUGCUGCUUAAUAUUUUUUAUAACCUGUGAUGCUUUAAAAAUUUAAAGAACAGUAUUUAUUUUAAAUAGAAAUCUUUUUUAACAAUAUACACUACCAUUCAAAAAUUUUUCUUUCUUUUUUUGAAAGAAAUUAAUACUUUUAUUCACCAAGAAUGUGUGAAAUUGAUAUUGAAGUGAUAUUGUUAGAAAAGAUUUCUAUUUUAAAUAAAUACUCUUCUUUUUAACUUUUUAUUCAUUAAUGAAUCCUGAAAAAAAAUAUUAAGCAGCAAAACUGUUUCCAACAUUGAUGAUAACUGAGUAUCAAAUCAGCAUAAUAGAAUGAUUUCUGAAGGAUCGUGUGACACAGAAAUAAAUAACACAUAACAAUUGCUGCAAUUAAAUGUAUUUAUUUAACAUAUUUACUAAAUUAGAAUUAAUUGAAUUUGAAAAAGAAAUAACUGUUAUUUCAUGUUAUGACCAAACAAAAUGUUUAUAUUUAUGUUUGUAUAUGAUACAUUUUAUAUAAAUAUUUUAAAUUUAUAUAAAUUUCCCAAAAUUUUCAAUUAAUUCCCAAAAAUUCCCAUAAAUUCUCGUAAAUUCUGGUUAAGUUUCCAAAUUGGAAUAUUUCCAAAAUUCCCCAGGUUAAGUUCCCGUGGAAAGUUUCCAGAAAUUUACCAGAAACUUUCCGCCCCUUUGCAACCCUAAUUUAGAGAGACCGGAUCCUUUAUUGAACUGUUUCAGAAACUGUAAGAAAAGAGCUGAUGAUGCAAUUUUUAUUGUGAGAAAAUGAAAGUGUUUUUUUUUUUUUUUCUCUCGACCUUGAAUGCAUGUUGUCGGAGACUCCAAAACACAAUCAGGAACCUUUAAAAUAGCAUAAUAGGGGCAGUUCAAAGGAUUAUUCUGGGUAAAAUACAACUAAAACUAUAUAUAACCAUGUAUGGCCUACUACAGGAAAUAUCACAGGAGUCAACAUUACUUUGCCCCACAUAUUCCUUUGAGUUUAACUGUAUGCACUUUAUCAUAUUUUGGAAAUUUGAAUACUUUACAGUAUUUUGAUUUGGCCCUGCAGACAUUUCCAUAGAGCGAUCAUGAAUAACCUGCGGCCUAAAGCCAGAAGCAGUGAAAAGCAGCAUUAUUUGGAGCGUCCCAGCUGACUGGUGAUGUGGCAGAAGUCUAAAUGUGGGUCUUUUCAAUGAAGGAUGGAACCAGAGAUGAACAAAAGAGACGCCUGUGGUUCUGUCACUGCUUUCUCUGGAGAAACAGAAAGAGUGAGGGUUUGAAAGGGUUACAGGGUCGACACAUAUUCCCUAUCAGCAUUCCCUUUGCUUCCAAGAAUCUGGAUCAUUCGAUUAUGAGAUCACUCGCCAUCCACAUCUACGAAUAAAUGUGCUGAAACAUUUCAAAUGUUGAAAUGAAUCAUAUGCAGCAUCCCAAAUUGCAUACUUCUGCUAUGCAAUAAAAUGACAUCCUUUGCUGUUAAGGGUAUGUAGUAAGACUGGCUGUGUUUAAAAUAGCACACUGUUCUUACUGUUGCUGCAUACACAAAACGUUUUGGGUCAGUAAGAUUUUAUAGUGUUCAUAUUGUACAGUAGUCAAUUUUGAACAUAGCCAGAAUGCUAGAAACAACCACAUAAAAUUGAGCGUGUAAACAUUGGCAUCUACUUAAAUUAUUGAUUUAAUUUUAUUACUACUUUAAAUUAAGGAUGAUAAAAUUAACGACUGCUGUGGCAGUUUCGGCCUUGGAUUACUCGCUUCUUUUAAAUGAUUGAAACUUAUUUGAGAAUCAUCACUAACCGCUACUCUUCUGUAGUGCAAGUGCUUAUGGGCGUUAUUAGCCUAAACACCUCAAUAAAUCCACUAGAUAUAGUAUGCCAUUCCAAAACACUACAAUUUGGGAUUCACUAAUCCUGAGUUUACAAAUAUAGGGUGGAUAACAUGUGUGACAUAUUGGCAUGUUUGUAAUAUCUCAUGUUGGCCACCGGAGGGAGCAGUUGAGCUGGCAUCUGUUGCCAUCAACCUCUUUUUCAAAAGGUGUGUUCCACACUAACAGUAUUAUCAUCAAAUAGCGUAAUGAGGAAUGUCUUUGCUCGUUUAUUAUCGCCUAAUGAGGAACAACAGUGUUUUCAUGGCUUUCAGGCUUGAUUUCCUGUGAAUGUGAAAGCAAGUAAAGUCUCUAUGCUAGUUUCAGUACAUUCCUUAAGACUAGUUAUGAUACUUCCACUACAUUUUUUUUAUACUUAAUAUAACUGAUGUUGCAAUCAAACGUAACAAUACAGUAUGGUCAUCUGCAUCUAAUAUUUUAGGGAUUUUCACGGGUUUCAGUUGCAAAAUCACGGAGAGUACAUUUUUGUAUUUAGGGAACUAUGUAAACGCAAGUCAUUUCAGUCGUAAUGGUCACACGGUGUCCCUACUGUUCUCUAUCAAGUCCUUUCUCUUCCUAUAGCUGACAUGUCUCACAUUGUUUCAGUAUGAAUAUUGCCUAUUUCUUGUCUUAAUUGUCUUACGCACAGCAUGUGUGAAGUCAUUAUGAUUCCCAGCAGGACUUCAUCAAAUGCCAGCAGUAUAAUUUCCACUGCAGUGAAACACAAUAUCAUGCAGGUUAACAUUUCAUAUGACAUUUACUCGUAUUAUUAAGCUUUUGUAUGUACUUUUUAACCACUUGAGUUCUGUGACACCACAUGUUUUGCUCUGGAUGACAUAAAAGAGAUGUCAAUAUUGAUUCAUGUAGUUUAUUUCUUCCUUUGUACAGAUCAAUAAACUCCUAUUACAUAAGA